ACUGAUGAAAUUCAUCUGGAAGAAGUAUUUAAUAUAGCAACAAAAUCCUGGGUAACUGUCAAAUAGUUAUUAUCUGUCAACACUCACUUAACAAAGGCUUUAGCUGAUCUUUCCAAGAGAAAGACUAUUCUUAGCUGUUUAAAAAUGACUGUAGAACAGCCUGAUCCCCCUCUAAUGGGAGAAAAGUCUUCCAGCAUCUCAAUGGCUUGAAAGUUUAGUUUGAUGAUAAAAGCAACAUAGCUAUUUUUAGCACUCUACAGGCAUAAAAAUACAGCUCUAAACUGUGACCUACAGCUACGCACAGCCAAGCAUCACAUCAUACGACAGCCUUAACUUCAGCUAGAAGCACAUCUGUAGCUGCUCCAGACUAUCGUUAUUCGUCUCACUAUCAACAAUACCUUUGGAUGGAUUUAGCAACAAGCAUUUGAAAUUGUUACCAUCUUCUUUUUAAAUUGCUGCCAUCGGCAGAACUCAAUUGAAAGCAGUAGUAACAGCCUGGGAACAGGAUAUGCUACAAUAAGAGACCUUCAAGCAAACUCACCUGAAACAACACUGCUCACAGACAGCUGCAAAGCUUAAAAAUGCCACUUUUUGGCUGGAUGAAAUGGCCAAAAAAUGAUUCCUACAAACCCACAAGAUAUCCUGGAUCAGAGGUAGUUACAAAAACCCUGCUGAGGGAACUGAAAUGGCACCUGAAAGAGCGUGAAAGAUUAGUGCAAGAGAUUGAAAAUGAACAAAAAGUCCCCAAGACUGGCACGGAUUACAACUGGCUGAAGAACUACCAGAACCCUCAAGCCUCCAUUCCGGCUACUGAGCAAAGGCAGCUCGAAGUCCUAUGCUCACAAAUCCAGCCUUGCCAAACAGGAACUGUUCUCAGCAGAUUUCGUGAAGUUUUGGCAGAAAACGAUGUUUUACCUUGGGAAAUAGUCUAUAUAUUCAAGCAAGUUUUAAAAGAUUUUCUUACCACCAUUGAAAGAGAAAACCAACAAGACCAACUGGUAGAUGCAUGGAAUACAAAUUGUUCUGAACAUUUCAGCCUGCGUGGAGACAGUUCCAACAAAUCGGACAAAGACGAAAUCCCCACUGUUUCAAGUUAUGUCGACAAAAACACACAAAGCAUGUUUCCCACCUUCUCUCAUAGAAUCUGGAAUCUACCCUAUUACUACCCAUCAAGUUAAGUCCAUUUGUGUUUCUUUCAAAAGCUAUGUAGCUGUUUGCAUUCCUUUCCAGUGAUUGCCAUCCACAAACAUAGGAAUAAGAAAUGUGACAUGCUCCCCUUUUUCCCCAAGUUCAGAAAUUAAAAUGUUUGAUUAUAGCUAGUAUGCAGUAUACAAACUUUACCUUUAUAAUACCUUAACAAUGUUGUGUUUGAAGGCACCUUUUAACCAAAAAUGUAGAUGGUUCUAAAAAAACUCUGAAGCAUUUUACUUUUAGCCAUAUACAGAUGUUAACAAGAAAAUACUUCUUUCUGUAUUAUGAAAUAGUAUCAACCCACAAAGUGUUGGGUAAAAACUUCAGUAUUUGUCACAUAGCUUUUAGGCUCUAUGGGAACUUUAUACUGUGGAAGAUAAAUGGUUUAAUAUUAUUAUAAUGUCAGUUACAUCAAAUAAACUGAUAAAUACCC